CAAAAUGAUCGGUUCGAAAGUGUCAGCUUCAUCCUCUACAAUUGACAGUGAUUUUGAUUUGGUCAGCGCACAUUCUAUGAUUAAUACUUUAAAAUUAAAAAAGUGUAUUGAUUCUCCAAGUAACAAAGAAAAUUUUUUAACAUCAAAAAGCAAAGCUUCUUCCUCACAGAAUAAUUCAAAAAAACUUCCAAACACUUCUCAAUUAAACAAAGAAACUAAUUCGAAAGACAAUGCUGUUCUUCUCCAGAAACUUAAACAAGCCAAAAAGGCCCUAGCCAAAUAUCAGGAAGACAAAAAUCGUUUGGAAUCUGAAUUAACUCAAAAUCGCUCUUUAAUGGCUCAAAUUUUGUCUUGCCAAAUUACGGCAAAGAAUAAGACCCGUGUUAAGAAUUCGUCACGUCCGAAAGAAUAUUUUCCGUCAGAUGAUCGUUGUGUUGGGAUUAAGACAUUUGAUUCACUUGCUUGGAUUCCUUUGCUUGAAAGACUUGAAGAAGAACAGGUCGAUCUCUUCGUCCAAGUGCCUCCACCAAUGAUACCACGACUUUUGGAUGGUAAAGGCGGCCUUAUUUCUCAGACAAAUAGUUCAAUCGCCACUCCGCCAUUUUGCAUUAUUCUCUUACCUUUUAGUCAUGUUGUAACACGUUAUCUAACUUAUUUGAAAGACGAGGCUGUUAAUGUUUUAUUUACUCGAGGUCAUAUUUUAAUUUUCUUCAGUUUUUAA